GUUUUCGAUAUAAGGGAGGGUUAAAUAACCAUUUAAUUCAGUUUGAGUUUGACAGUCAGCGUGAAAAGAAGUUAAUUAAUAAAAAGCGUUUGUUCAGAAUACAGAAUUCAAUUCUAAACAUUUUGGGUAAAAAAAAUACAAACCAUUAUGGACGAUAAAAUGACUGUUAAAAAAUCAGCCCUUCAAUUAGAAAAAGGUGACUCAGAAUCAAAAAUCGUAAGUACAUCACAGCAACAACAGCAGCUUUGUCACAAUGAAAAGGCAUUUGUACAACUUCAAUACUAUUUAUUGUGGUUAAUGAGAACAGAGAAAAGAAUGCACGAUACAAAUGAAUCGAAUUUUCAGUUUUGGAGUCUGGUUAGUUCGCAUUACUUAACAACGUGUAAUAACUUGAUGAAAGUUGUAAAUGCUGAUUUUGGGUAUUGUUUAUCCCUUCAAGGUAUCUAUAUCUGAAAGGUAAUAAUAUUUAUACAUAAUGACUUAUCAUUCUUCGAUGAUAAAUUCUAGUUAUUGGUGAUGAUAAAAUCUCUGAAGUAUUAAAAGUAAGAUGCCGUAUGCUUGAUUCAUAUGAACUGAUGAUGAUAAUUAGUCAAUCUCUACAACGUAUUCAUUUAACUUUUAUAAAAUUUAUAGAACAAAAUAAAUUUUGCUGGAAAUUCCA